AUGAACAAACCAUUGUUCAUGCGUAUUGUGCAUCAUCUUUCAACCGAAGUACCAUAUUUUCAACCAACACAUGAUGCAGCCGGGCGAUCUGGUUUAUCUCCCCUCCAAAAAUGUACAGCAGCAAUUCGUCAAUUGGCUUACGGUGGUGCGGCUGAUACAGUUGACGAAUAUGUCCGACUUGGCGAGACAACUGCUCGAAAAUGUUUGCACCAGUUUUGUGCGGGAAUAAUCCACUUGUUUGGCGAUCAAUAUCUAAGACGUCCCACACCGGAGGAUCUCCGAAGACUACUUCAUGCUGGAGAAGAACGUGGCUUCCCAGGGAUGAUUGGAAGCAUCGACUGUAUGCAUUGGGAGUGGAAGAUUUGCCCCUCCUCUUGGAAAGGUAUGUAUUCACGAGGAACCAAUAAACCAACUAUUGUGUUGGAGGCCGUUGCUUCAUAUGACCUCUGGAUAUGGCACGCGUUUUUUGGAGCUCCAGGUACUCUGAACGACAUUAAUAUUCUAGAUCGAUCACAUGUUUUUGAUGACAUUAUUGACGGAAUAGCUCCGCAAGUCAAUUUCUCUGUCAACGGAAGGGAGUAUCAUCUCGCUUACUAUCUAACAGAUGGUAUUUAUCCGAAAUGGGCAUCUUUUAUUCAAUCGAUCCGACUACCACAGGGUCCGAAAAAUUCAUUAUUUACUAAAACCCAAGAAUCGGUGCGAAAAGAUGUUGAGCGUGCCUUUGGAGUCCUCCAAGCUAGAUUCGCCGUUGUUAAAAAUCCAUCUAAUUUAUGGGAUAAAACAAAAAUAGGAAAUAUUAUGAAAGCAUGUAUCAUACUCCAUAAUAUGAUUGUCGAAGAUGAACGAGGAUCAUACACUCUCCGAAACAUUUCAGAAUUUAAUGAAGGAGAAGGGGAAUGA